CAGUCUUCGUCGGCCAUGAUGCUGGGCAUCCGCACGUGUGCAACCCGCCGCACCGUGGCAAAUAGCCAACACCGCUUGUUUUCAGGCCGCAAGGACGUCGCAUGUGAGUUGGCGGCGUCUAGCAUCCGCUUUGGCGCUGGUGUGACGGCCGAGAUUGGCUUGGACCUCAAGGAACUGAAGGCGCGCAACGUCGUCAUGUUCACGGACUCCCACCUGAGAGACCUUCCCGUGGUGCACACAGUGUUGGACUCGUUGGCCGACAACGGCAUCCGCGCACAUGUGUACGAUCAAGUCCGCGUCGAGCCAAACGACAUUUCGUUCCAGCACGCGAUUGCAUACAUGAACGGCCUGGCGACAGAUGUGGACGCGAUCGUGGCAGUCGGCGGCGGGAGUGUCAUCGACACGGCCAAGAUCGCCAACCUGUACUCGAUGUUUCCCCCGAGCGACUUUUACGACUACGUGAAUCCUCCUGUCGGCAAAGGGAUUCCAGUGCCAGGCGCGUUGCGGCCGCUCUUUGCAAUUCCGACGACUGCUGGUACUGGGAGUGAAACGACAGGCGUUGCUAUAUUCGACGACACCCGCACCAAGAGUAAGACGGGCGUCGCCCACCGCCGGCUCAAGCCAACCCUGGGGAUCGUCGAUCCACUCAAUACCGCGACGCUUCCACCGAAUGUGGCCAAAUACUCUGGCUUUGACGUACUCUGCCACGCGAUCGAGUCUUUCACGGCGAUUCCAUUCACGGAACGACCUUAUCCUUCGACACCGAACCACCGCCCUGCAUACCAAGGCUCGAACCCGAUUAGCGAUAUUUGGUCGUUGCACGCUCUGCAACAGACCAACAAGUUCCUCCGACGAGCGGUGCGCGACGUCUCCGACGUGGAAGCGCGCAGUGCCAUGCUGCUGGCAUCCACAGCGGCCGGCAUUGGAUUCGGCAAUGCUGGCGUGCAUCUGUGCCAUGGCAUGAGCUACCCCAUCGCGAGCCAGGUACGAUGGCUGACAAAACACGACUGGUACAACGUGCGGAUGUUCGUGCCAACAGGUCAAGUCGUACGUGCCGCCUGGCUACGAUGUCGGCCACCCAAUGGUGCCCCAUGGCCACUCAGUUGUCGUCACGGCGCCUGCAGUAUUUCGUUUCACAGGUCAGGCAAACCCUGACCGGCACAUGACAUGCGCCCAAGCGCUGGCACAAGGCACGGAGAGGUGGCACAAGUACGACCAAAUGACGAGCAAGGCUAAAGCCGAGGGUGCUGGGGACAUCUUGGCCGACGAAGUGCUGCGACUCAUGCAAGACCUCGAUGUUCCACUAGGCAUCGGAUUUCUUGGCUACACGGCAAGCGAUGUCCCGGCGCUCGUAAAGGGGACGCUGCCACAGCACCGCGUCACCAAGCUCGCGCCGCGUCCUGCCCGUGAAGACGACUUGCACCGGUUGUUUGAAAACGCCUUGCAUUAUUGAUUGUCCAUUUUCAGGAUUCUGAUUGGCUAUCAAUAUCCUUGAUACGCAAUUUAAUUCGAGGAAAACCGAAGGAUCUGGAUUUUACGAUCUAUGAUUGGCCACUGUGAACCAAUCUAAAUGCAGACAUUCUCCGU